AUGUUAUGCUGGUCGAACAUUGGUAAAGUUGGAUACUCAUCUCAACAAAUUUCCAUUGGAUAUGGAUGUAAUUCACUUGGAACCGUCACUCACGAAAUUGGACAUGCUCUCGGAUUCUACCACGAGCAGGGUAGAUAUGAUCGCGACAACUAUGUUAGAAUUGUGACCCAAAAUAUUCUUUCGUGCUAUCUAGGCCAAUUUAGCAAACAAUCGUAUUCAUCGAUGGUUGAUUAUGGUGUCGGUUACGAUUAUGGAUCAGUCAUGCACUAUGAUCAAACGGCUUUUACAUCGAAUGGAGGAAACACUAUUGCAACCAUUGAUCCAAAUUACCAAGCGACAAUCGGACAGAGAGCAGGUCCAUCAUUCAUGGAUAUUAAAAGAAUCAACUUUGCUUAUUGCAACUCUACUUGCUCGACAGACCUAAACUGUCAGAAUGGAGGUUACACCAAUCCAAACGACUGUAAUUCGUGUAAGUGUCCAACUGGUUUUGGUGGAACUCUUUGCGAUCGCGCUGCUAUUGGAAGCUCAUCCUGUGGGACUGGAGACCUUACUGCGACCAAUUCUUUGCAAACAAUCAGCGCUUCAGGAAAUAUCCAGUGCAGCUACGUCAUUUCGGCUCCUGCUGGUACUAAAGUGUAUUUCCAAGUGACUGCUGCAACAUUCUCGCGUUAUGUUCCAUGCGACUCCAACUAUUUGGAAAUCAAGUACAAUUCUGACAUUACAAUGGCUGGAGCAAGAUUCUGCACGUCCUAUCCAACUGUUUCCCUUUCGGAGACUAACAAGCUUGUCGUUAUCUACCAAGGUUCUCGUGGAACGCGGUUCUCAUUGAACUUCAGAUAUGAUCCAAUAACUUUCACAACUGUUCCGACGGCACCACCAACAACAACAACAAUGACGACGACGACUACCACUCGUCCUCAAACGACUACAAGGGGGGACCGUACAACUACUCGCACGACUUCAAUACCUUCGACAACUACACGUCAAACUACUACAACUCGCUCUACCACAACAAAUCCUAAAGGCUGUAGUGCAUGGACAACAUGCUCAGCCCAAUGCGGUGGUUGUGGAACUCGCUCCAGACGUUGUGGAACGUACAAUGAGACUAUUUAUUGUAAUACUAAACCAUGUAACGGAGGAUACUGUUGCCGGCCAUUCUUUUAUGUUACUAAUAAUGGAGUAGGAUAUUGUAGAAGACCACAAGCCUAUGAUUCAUCGGAGGAUUCGGAGAUGUAUGAAAAAGCUAUUCAACCAGGCCAAAAUGAUAACACGAACAAUGAUAUUUUUGAAUCGAUCGAAGACCAUCCAAAAGCCAGAACUUCUAGCAACAAGGGAUUCGCGAUUAAUUAA